UUGGCGCCACCUACCCUAUGAAUUGCCACUCUAACUUGCGGCUUGGUCAGCAUUGCAGAGAGUCAACAUGGACGACUCGAAACAUCUCUCCUUCCCAGCUGGAUACGAGAGCGACACCAGCAGCGGCGAAUGGUUCAUAGAUCGCCCCCCUGACAAAAAGUCUUUCAAUAUUCAGAAAGCCGAUAACGCCGUGGCUGACAAUGGCGGUAAUGUCUAUUUGCUAAAAACAGCCAUCAGAGAAGGCAACGUUGCUGCCAUUGAACAGCUGCUGGAUGAUGGGAUGAAUGUGGACAUCAGUCUGACCUUUGACCACACCCCACUGAUGUGUGCUGUCAGUCUGGCGGACCACGAUGUUGCCAAAGUGCUUCUGGACCGAGGAGCCAAUGCCAACUUCAAAAAAGAUGGCUGGACGGUGCUGAUGGCCAGCUGCACGGCAUCGGCAAAGGAGGACAAAAUCGCUCGCUGUGUGGAGCUUCUGCUAUCCAGGAACGCCGAUCCCAACCUGGCGGACAGGUCUCAAGUGACAUGCCUGAUGUUGGCCGCCAGAGACAAUUACUGCACAGUCGUGAACCUGCUGGCGUCCUACGGAGCCGACCUCGAUAUGCAGGACGCCAACGGAUACACCGCCCUGUCGCUGGCCGUUCACCACGGCCGAGAGAAGGCCGUGAAGAAGCUCCUCCAGCUGGGAGCCGACAGCAGCAUCGCCACCAAGGCGGGAAAGAGCCCCGCCCAGCUGGCUCUGCUUCUCCAGCACGCACAGAUUUCCAGAAUCCUGUCCUCCACAUUGAACAGUGAUCCUGUGCUCCCUUCUAACUCCACGGAUCUUCAAGGAAGAGGUGGCGGCCCGGUAACUUGUAAAACUUUGCGUCUGCUGCCCUCUGCUGAAUUGUUUGAACAACUGCAGGGAUCAAUGUUUUGGCCUGUUCAAAAUGAAAUGAAUCCGUGCAUUUCACAAUGUCUCUUCCCCCCCCCCCCCCACCCCCCCCCCCCCCCCCCCCCCAGCACAAGUGUACCCAAGUUGGAUGCCCUGGAGCUCCUGCUUUGCGGCUUGGAUCUGGACUACAUCAUUGACGUCAUGCAUGAGAAGGACAUCACCUGGGGCAAGCUGCUGACUAUGGAGGAGGAGGACCUGGCGAAGGUUGGAAUCACCGAAGCUGCGGACCGGCAGAAGGUUCUGAGCACUGUGCAGCAGAUGCACUUGGACAGAUUGGACUUGGACACAAUCGAGCAACUCGGAGUGACUGACAGCGGGAGUGAGGAGCUGCUUACCUUCCUGCUCAAGGUGAAGCAGCAAUGCUGCGGGUUGACGGAAACUAUUCAAGAGAUCGUCCGCCGUCUCCCCCUGCAGGCCUCCAAGCUGGUCUUCACACUGGACCACAAGAGGGAGGCCCAGGCCGUGUGCAGCCAAUUGAUGGUGCAGACCCAAGACCUGCAGACGGAAGUCAACUGCCUGCACAAUCUGCUCUGCCAGAUGAACGAGGACCCAAACUGUUGUCGCCUUCCUGCGCCCGCCGCCAGCGGCGAUAGGACACCAUCGCCCCGAGCGAGCGUCGCCGCGAGGAUCCUGGGGGCUGCCCUCCUUCUCUUGUUCAGCUAUCGCUAUCUGCCCAAGUUAAGGAGCGGCUUCAUGUCAUUUUAAGCCGUCAGGCUCUUUCUUUUGUACGUUGGUACCAAGAUGCCUUGUGAAGUUGAACACUUUUUGUAAGUUAAGAAGUUUUAGUUUUUUGGAACAUGUUGUGGCCUAGGGGAAGAAUUGUUUUGCAAACAAAUGUUCAGAUUUGCAAGUUUUAGUUUUUAGGAGCAUGGAAAAAAGAUAGUGAGAAAGAAAUGUCAAGUGAACAGAAUAUUUGUCUCCUGAAAUCCAUACAGCCAAAGAAACAACAAUAAAAAAGGCAAAA